CAUGUUUUUGAUACAGCUAUGCUUAAUUUAUCUUUUGAGAUUUUCAUGUUUUUAGAGGAUCAUGGUUCAUAUAUGCGUCGGAUGUAAAUGUAAGAUGCAAAUUCUCCAAAAAAAAAAAAUUUAGAGUGAAGAAUUGAAAAAAAAGUAAGUGAACUGUAAGUGGUUGAAAAACAGAUUAAACCCUCACUCCACUACAUUCUCAAACUAACAGCUUAGAAAGGUAGCACUAAUUGGAGUUUGUUGAAAGCGUAAUGCAAAAUGUUACGCAGGCGCAGCACUCAAGAAAAUUUUCAAAAGAUUUUCAUGGUGGGUGUUAAUCAUACACAAGGGAUGCUCCAAUGCAACCUGUGAAUCUCCACCAUCCCGAGCUCCGAAUUUCAUUACCCAGAAAAAAAAAUUCCCCUUUUUUUUUUAAAAAAAAUGGCGUAUUCGGAUGUUCUGAAAACCCUAAGAAGGUCAUCGUAUUUGGGAUUUACGACUCGUAAUUUCAGCCUUGUUAGCAGCCAAAUCAGCAAUCACACUGCGAAAUGGAUGCAGGAUUCAAGCAAGAAAUCUCCUAUGGGGUUGAUCAUUAAAGUCCCUCCGAUCAAGGUUGAAGGUCGGAUUGUAGCUUGUGAAGAAGACAAUAAUCCUGCUUUGGAACACCCAAUUGAAUUCAUAUGCCUUGACUUGAAAGAGCCUGCUGUAUGCACAUAUUGCGGCCUAUGCUACAUGCAAGAGCACCAUCACUAGAAACUACUAGUUAUGUGUAUCUCAAGCUGUCGGGACAAUUGUUAUUUGCUGUACCCAUGGGGCACUUUUCUCUAUUUCAGCUUGUUGGUGACAAAUUUGAUGAACCCAUUUUAGUGUGAUGUUUUUUUUUUCUUUUUCACAUAAUAAGUGUUUGAAGUUCUCAUUUGAGGA